AUGGCUGCAUCCAAAGUUGCAACAGAUUAUCAUUGUUGCAAACAAAAGCAGGAUCCCACCAUCAACAGAGAAAUUGUGCAUAUUGAUGUGCACAAUUAUUCAGUUUCCACUCUUGACCAUCUCCAUCUGACACAGACAACUGAAAGUUCAGAGCAACGGUGCAUGGAAGAAGAAAGGGAUGCUCUCCUACAAAUUAAAGCUUCAAUAAACAGCCUAGGGGGUACUGCUUUCUCAAGCUGGUAUGAAGAAGACCGUUGCCAAGCUUCAAAAACUCAAGCAACUUGGGAAGCUGAAUCUGCGGAACAACUUAAUAAAGAAUCCUUCUCAUCUCUGCCGGAGGAAGGGGGCAUUACCGUCUCUUUAUUCCUUAGAUUUGUCUCGAUCAGUCACCUUGAGAUUUCAUACAAUGCCCAGUUAGAACUAGAAACAGAGUCCCAGACUUGGUUCCCAUCUUUCAACCUAAAUGAGCUGAAUUUAGCUGGUUGUAACCUACGAAAAAUUCCCAGCUUCCUUUCCACACAGAUCAACCUGAAGACCCUAGAUCUAUCGGACAAUCUUCCAGUAGGAAAAAUUCCUUCUUGGCUAAUGCAUAGUACCACUUCAAAAUUAAGGGUUGGAGGCAACAAAUUGAGUGGUCCGUUCCCUAGGAUAUUUCGGAACAUAAGCUCGAAACUUACUUCACUAAACGUCUCCGACGAUAGCUUCGAUGGGCCAUUACCUGAAGAUAUCAACUUGAUUUUUCCAGAGUUGUUUUACAUAGAUGCUUCCUUUAAUGAUGGCAUACCCCCAUCAUUCGGUAGACUAAAACGACUUCGUUUUUUGGACUUAUCAUACAACAAAUUUCAUGGGGGAAGUUCCCUACUUAUGACGAGUAAUAUGAGUUCUCUUGAACAUUUGAAUUUGGAAGACAACAACUUGAGAGGAUACGCAAUUCCCAGAAAUUCAAGUUUACCCAAUCUUAAGAUUCUCGUUCUUGGCAAGAAUGAUUUCACCGGAACCUUUCAAGAUAGCCUGUCUUGGAGUUUGUCACAAUCUUCCGCCCUCAAUUAG